AUGGAUUCCGAAGAGUCGUUAAAAUCUAUGUUAGAACAACGGCUUAGAACUGCUCGAUCAUUAGAUGAGCAAUUGAUGAAUGACAAACUAUCUAAGUUACAAGGCGUGCCCAAGUUAAGGAAUCGUUUAGCCAGCGAAAUUCGGUUCCUACAAUCACUCGAAGAAGGGAAAUGUCCUUUAGAGAAGAAAUACAUUGAAACGAGUAAUGUUACUCAUUUUGAAAAUGUCGUCAAAGCUAUUGAUGAGUUUCCCGAAGUUAAAGCCGUGUUCAAUACAUAUUCCAUAUUAGAUCCCUCUUCAAAUGAAACCUUAAAGCAUACGGUAGACCUAGUUGCCAAAAAUGGAGAACAAUGGGUUAAAAUCAUAUCAAGAUCAGCACGAGGAAUAUGCAUGGACUGGCUUGCCAGUUCAAACCGUAACAUAUUUGAACAAGCCGACAAUUACUGCUAUAUGGCCAAUCUUUUCAAGAAAAACUUUACCCCACCAGAAGUUGUGUUCCAAUUUGUUUCGGGAGUGCCAGAUCGUAUUGCUCAAAAGCUCAUAUCAAUGAAAGUAUCAGUACUAGGUGAACAGAUUCCAAUGAAUCAAAUAGCGAAUAUUCCAGAGGAUUUUCUUGAAAUGCUUGAACCUGACGAAUCCGAUUCCGAAACUGAACAAGGGGAUAGAACUGCAUCGCCUCCUAUAAACCUGGACGUUUCUGCAGUGUUCGUUCUGGUAUCCAAUUUGACGCAUUCUAAAGGAACGGAACACAAGUUCAACAGUACUCUCUUAACUAGUCAAGCUGAGAUGGAACGCAAAAAACCUGCCCGAGUAGAGCUCUUGAAUCUGAUGAAAGACAGAGAAUUGUUAAUUUGCCAAACAGCUCAUGAUUCUGUACUCAACAUAAUGAAAACUGUAGCAGGAGACAGUGAAAGAGCUCGCUUAACAGAGUUGUUCACGAAAGUCCGGGUAGUUGAAGACAAAAUGUCCGAAAGAACAAUGGCUUUGAAAAAAUCAGAACGAAUCAAUGAAAGAAGCAUGAUCAUAUUUGGUUCGGGUGAUUCAUAUAGAGCUGUGACGGCUACAGCCAACAAGCAUUUUGUUUCUUCAGCUUUUCAUCAAGGUGUUUCCUUCGAUGUAAUUCUGCACGAAUCGAGGGCUUUGAGUGAGCAGAAAGAAUUGCCAUUAUGA